UUGGGCUACACCUAUACUCGUACGUACUAAAUUAUUAUGCGACCUUCUCUUCCAGACCUUGAUAUUGUUUUGCCACGAGCACAUGUCUGUAAGAGAGGAACAAUAUCCUGAGCCUCAUUCGUAUAUUCCUGAGCGUUGGCUAGUUGACCAAGAUCAUCCGCUGUACCAUGGAAACGCACAUCCUAAUGCCGCUGUGCACUUUGGUUAUGGAGCUCGGGGCUGCGUAGGUCGAAAAUUAGCCGACAUGGAAAUGGAAUUACUUAUCAGCUAUUUUAUAGAAAACUUUAGGUUAGAAUGGCGCGGAAAGCCAAUGCCUGUGUUACAAAGUGUUUCUAAUCACAAUAUUGGGCCUUACAAUCUUGUCUUCAACGAUAUUUGAUUUAAAGUGGUU